GGUGAGUAGUUUGAUCCGGCGGCGUAUUAUUAUUUUCAACAAAAUUCAACUUCCAAAAAGGAAAUUCGCGGCUUCCAGUGGUUAUACGAAGCGGUGUUACCUUGACCUCCAUUAUCGGUCGACAUUCGUCCCUAAAGUGUUCGGUAGUUGGCAGCCAGAGUCGGACAAAGAUCGACACAGACUGACAGAUAUCGUUAUUAGCUAACAGUAGCUAACUUGUCCCUACAUAUCAGCUGCCUCAGCGCUGUAUGUGCGGCAAUAACAUGUCAGCGCCUUUACCUGCCAUUGUGCCUGCUGCCCGCAAAGCCACUGCAGCGGUGAUAUUUCUGCAUGGCCUUGGUGAUACUGGACAUGGCUGGGCUGAAGGUUUCGCAGGCAUCAGGAUACCACAUGUGAAAUACAUCUGUCCACAUGCUCCCACCAUGCCUGUUUCUUUGAACAUGAGAAUGUCAAUGCCCUCUUGGUUUGAUAUCUAUGGGUUGAGCCCAGAUGCAAAUGAAGACGAGUCUGGUAUUAAGAGAGCCUCAGAGAACAUUAAAGCCUUGAUAGAGCAAGAAGUGAAGAAUGGAAUACCUUCACACAGAAUUCUCCUGGGUGGAUUUUCACAGGGUGGAGCGUUGUCUCUCUACACGGCUUUGACAACUCAGCAGAAGCUCGCUGGUGUGGUCGCUCUGAGCUGCUGGCUCCCUCUCCGCAACUCCUUCCCUCAGGCGUCUGCCAACAGUGCUAACAAGGACAUGCAUGUCCUACAAUGCCACGGGGACGCCGACCCCCUGGUGCCCUUCGUGUUCGGCAGCCAGACAGCGGAGAAGAUGAAAACCCUCAUCAAUCCAGCCAACGUCACCUUCAAGUCGUAUCGGGGUCUCCCUCACAGCGCCUGUCCGGAGGAAAUGGUGGAUGUGAAACGAUUCAUCGAGAAGCUGCUUCCUCCCAUCAGUGACGAAUGAGCUCAGAGGAGGCGCACACCCACACAGCACCAUCAGGGUCCUUUGGCUCUUGACUCCAGUGAGACUCCGUGGACUCCAGGAACCACCGACUUACUUGACAAAUAAAAACCACGCUGCUACUCAUAAAGCCAGACAGGACUGGGGCUCCACGGUGACCCGAGGGAGGCAUAACGAUGCUGUAUCCUGACCUGGAGCCGCACACAACCCUCAGUGUUAGAGUAACAUUAGUUGCUUGAUUGUAAAAGCUAUUCGCCAUUGAGAAAAGCCAUUUCCUGCAGGAAACGUAUGUAUUGGAAUAACUAGGGCUAUUCUUUAUGGAUUAAUACCUACUAUCUCACAAUAAAUGGCCUGUUGUUAAAUGCUCUUUUACUAAUCUCUUUUUAUUAAUUGAGCCUAUGUUUAGUAGUAGUUUAGAGACUAUUAAGUCAUGGGGAAAACAAGUCAUCAUUUCCAUUCACAUUGUAUAUUUUAAGCUAAAGCAUUUUGACAGUGUGCAUCUUGUUCUUCUACUGUAGUGAAAUGUGGAUAAAUCAGACAUAUUAAAUUUAGUUGUUUUUUUUAGGUCGAUACAGGCAGCGUUUCAGCCCUUGAUUGCAUAUUGUGACACCCAUUAUUCUCCUCUCAGGUGAGCCAGUGAGACUGUGACACAUGGCCCUCUGUCUCUAUUAGUUGAGAAAUUAACUAAUUUAAUUAAGGUGUUUUAUUCAGCAACAUCCAACAUUUGUUGCUUCUCAAAUUUGAAUCUUUGCUGACAUUUUUUAAAUUACUGUGAAUAUAAUAUUUUAGCUUUUUGUACGUUGUCGGACUAAACGGCCAACGUAAAGACAUUAACCUGCACUUACAUAACACGUGAUUGACAUUUUUUUGUUUUUUUAAAGUCUUCCAAACUAAAUAAUGACUCAUAAAAACAAUCAACAGCUAAUUCUAAUUGAAAUAAAUGUUUUUUUUGCUGCCCUUAUCCAUAUAACAUUUCAACAUAAAGCAUUUUCAAACAAAGCACAUGCAAAAAAAGUGUAAUUUUAAAGGAGCUAAAUAUGCAAUUCAAAUAUGCACCAUAUCUAAUAAUGUGAAGUAUCAUGUUGACGACACACAACAGCGAAAACAACAUACGAUUGUGCUUUAUUUAAUUUGUGAGA